AGUUUAGGGUUUCUCUUCACUGCCAUAUCAUUUUAUCACAGCGAAACCGAGAGCAGCCACCCUCCCACCACCUGCUCGACAAAAUGGCACAAGAAUCACUAGUCCUCCGCGGCACAAUGAAAGCCCACACCGAUUGGGUUACAGCCAUCGCCACCCCAAUUGACAACUCCGACAUGAUCGUUACUUCCUCCAGGGACAAGUCCCUAAUCGUCUGGUCUCUCACAAAGGACGGCCCACAAUACGGUGUCCCCCGCCGCCGUCUCACUGGCCACGGCCACUUCGUCCAGGAUGUCGUCCUUUCCUCCGACGGUAUGUUUGCUCUCUCUGGUUCCUGGGACGGUGAGCUUCGCCUUUGGGAUCUUCAAGCUGGAACCACCGCUCGCCGUUUCGUCGGUCACACUAAGGAUGUUCUGUCCGUUGCAUUCUCUGUCGACAACCGUCAGAUCGUAUCCGCUUCACGCGACAAAACCAUCAAGCUGUGGAACACUCUCGGUGAAUGCAAAUACACCAUUCAGGAGGGUGACUCGCAUUCUGAUUGGGUUUCAUGUGUUCGUUUCAGCCCGAAUACACUUCAGCCCACUAUCGUUUCUGGAUCCUGGGACCGUACUGUGAAAAUCUGGAACCUGGCUAACUGUAAGCUGAGGUCCACUCUGGCUGGACACGCCGGCUACGUGAACACCGUGGCAGUCUCUCCUGAUGGUUCAUUGUGUGCUAGUGGAGGCAAAGAUGGUACUAUUUUGCUCUGGGAUUUGGCUGAGGGGAAGAAGCUCUACUCGCUUGAUGCUGGCUCUAUCAUUCACGCCCUCUGCUUUAGUCCUAACAGGUAUUGGCUGUGCGCAGCUACUGAAACUAGCAUUAAGAUUUGGGAUUUGGAGAGCAAGAGCAUUGUGGUGGAUCUUAAAGUUGAUCUCAAGCAAGAGAGUGAGAUGGCUACUGAAGGAACUACUGGAUCUGCCUGCAAAAACAAGAUCAUGUACUGCACCUGUUUGAGCUGGAGUGCUGAUGGAAGCACGCUUUUCAGCGGAUAUACAGACGGUUUGAUUAGGGUUUGGGGUAUUGGGCGUUAUUAGGAAUUGCAUUAUUUGGCCAUAGUCAUUUGAAGACAUUUAGAUUUCUCUUGAAAUGUUUGAAGAAGGAUAUCUGGAUUCUCUUUGUUUCUCAUGGUUUUGAGAGUUUUGCUAUUCCAAUUUUGGGAUUUUAUUUAGUAUUUUGUUACAAGCAUCAUGUUGCUUAUAAAUCCAAGUUGCUUUGCAUGGUCACUAAAGUAUUUAGUAUGUUGUUCCUCUC